AUGUCGAAACUCAUGGCCAAUGGCAAGGCGCCUGCCACUCCGCCGCCUGCCCAAACACCUCCAUGCAGCCCGAUCGACGAAAGCGCCCAGAGGAGCCCGACAUUGGAUGGAAUGUAUCAGCACCUUGUCGUACGGAAGGAACUGAAAGAUCUCCUUGUGGAAGUUAUCCAGGAGGUCAGGGCCAAUCCCACCGCAGCUGAGCCCAACACGGAAGGUGCAUCGUCGGGAGCGAACAAGCCGUUAGACUCCAAGCCCGCAGUCGCCGCACUUGGCUCUAAGCUUGACUUCAAGAGAGUCAAUGAAAUUUGGGAUAAAACGACACUGCAGUAUAAGACCAAGGAAGCGGUGGAAGAGGUCCUCGACGAGCUUGACCAAUAUGCCUUCGUCGUUCGGACCCGAACUGGAAAAAAUUCCACGAAGCGGACCGUCUGCAUUGACAUCAAGUCAAAAUUCCUUCGUGGCGCUUUGCAGGAUGUUUUGAAAGUUGUCAAGUCCAUCAGCUUGCAGGAGGAUAAGCCUAGUGUUGAGCUGGACCUCUUGUACUACUUCCUCCCUGAGCUGGAGACAUAUAGGGCAAACGCCGCUGGUGAACCGGGCCGACAGGACCAAGUGAAUUACCUUUCCCUGCUCAUCGAAUUCGUCUCGACGACAUACCAGCCCACAACCGAACGGCUCGCAUCCCAACUUGCAAGUGGACAGGCGACGUGGGACAUUCUCUGGGCCAUCUUCAAGCCGGGGUCCAUCAUCUAUACGAAAUGUUUUGGGACGGAGAAGCCAAGAUGCGUUGUGCUGAAUGCUAUUGAGGAGAAAACCAGGUUUAAUGGCGUGGAGUAUUACAGCCUCGAUUGCAGCUACAUCGACUAUGACGGAAAGGUUCUUGGAAAAGCCGGCAUGGAACUCGAAAUUGAAAAGUUUCGAGGCUUGCGACCCAUCCAUCAGCUACCAGCAUUUCCACUUCAGUACCACCCGGAGGAAGCGACGGUGAGGCAGAACCUGAUCAAAUGCGGCCGGAAGUUCUGUGGACUAGCAGGAACACAUAUCCGUCACUGCCGUGGAACUGCCUUCUUCAUGAUGAAGAAACAGCCUGUGCGAGUCAAUAUUGACAGCUGUGUUGGAAUCGAUGCUUCGUUCUUUCAUGAGAUGAUGCCGAACUAUUCUCGCCCACGCAUUGAGAAGUCUCAGGCCACGGGUAUCGAUUUAGAUGGAGCUUUUUGGAUUGACUUUGCCGACCAAGUCCAGAAAGAGAAGGAGCAAGUGAAGUAUGAUGAUGUGGGGGACGGCGACAUGGAUGAUGAUGACUAUCUGAUAUGCUGUCCCACUGUCCCCGGUUUUAGUUUCACUAAUAACGCUUUCUAUGAGUUUGCGGUUGACGACAUCGAUGAAAUUAAAUGGUCAUCGACUCUCUUUGGGAACUUGACAAUUCCAGAUGAGCAGAGAUCCACCCUUAUGGCGCUUGCAAAGACACGGAUGGGUGUGACUCCCACCCUCCCAUUUGAUGAUUUUGUUGCAGGCAAGGGGCGUGGCCUGAUCACUCUGACGGCUGAAGCUAUGGCUGAGAAUUUUGAGCGGCCUCUUUACCCGAUUCCUGCCGCGCAACUGGCCACCCAACCCGAUAGACUUGAGGACAACCUCACAAGAAUAUUCCAAAUCGCCAAACGUUUCGAUGCUCUUCUCCUUCUAGAUGAAGCUGACGUGUUUCUUGAGCGUCGCACAUCCAUCAACAUGUCGAAGGACGCUAUUGUUACCAUAUUCCUCCGCAAACUGGAAUACUCCCAAGGGACCUCCUUCCUCACGACCAACCGCGAGACAGAAUUUGACGAGGCAAUCCUUAGCAGGAUCCAUCUGAAGAUCAAAUAUCCCAACCUAAGUCGACAGCAACGAAAGGCAAUAUGGAAGCAUUUCGUCUCCCAAGCACGUACGCAUCAAGGACCUGCAGCAAUAAAUGAUCAGGAUCUGAAUCGGUUAGCAACUUCAGAUCUUAACGGCCGAGAUAUCAAGAACCUGAUGUCUAUUGCACAUGCUCUUGCCACUGUGGAUUGUACCCGUGUUAGCUAUGUGCACAUCGAGCGAGCAUCAAAGUCAAACGAAGAUUACUCUCGUGAAUUUGAUCGAGUUAAGAUCAAUGGCAUGUACACCUAG